CUUCCAGACCAUCUUCUUUAACAUGAACCGAAUCAUUCAAUACGGAAGUGUCGAGGGCAUUCCCUACUACAAUUGUAGUGCAAAAACAUCCGAAGAAUGGUUUGCAACGGGAGUUCAGCGUCCUUUGUUUGGAUGGUCUAUUCUUAUUUUUGGAAUUGUCAUUGAAUUGCUCUAUAUUCCCACAAUUUACAUGAUGUUCCGUACAAAACUUAUUCAUCUGACGUGCUACAAGAUUAUUGUUUGUCUCGGUGUCACGGACAUGCUGGCUACUUUAACCUGCUCAAUCUUCAGUGGAUGGUUGUUCAUAAAAGGAGCUGUUUAUUGUAACUAUCCAACAUUCAUUUAUCUUGCAGGUUGUCUGGGACUAAGUGGAUGGUGCAUGGCGUGUGGAUCAACACUUCUUCUUGUAAUAAACCGUGUUUUUGACGUUCUCUGUCGUCCUGUGUCCGAAUUUCUAUUUGACGGAAAACGUGUAUUCUUCUCCAUUGCUCUGAUCUACACAUAUGGAACUUUGGUUUCCAUGUUUUCUCCAUCUAUCAUAUUCAAUUCGGCCAUAAUGGCAUGGAUUGCAGAUCCAUUGACAAUUGAUCCAGAAUACAAAACCGAUGAGAUUACCGACUGGUACCGUAACCAUGUCCAAUCAACAAACAAUUGGAUCUUCUGCUCUGGCACGUGCACCCUCUACGCCAUUUAUUGCGUCCUCAUCAACAAAAUGCAAAGGGGACAGAAAUCAAAAGCAUCACGUCAAGUAUUCAUCCAAUCAAGCAUUAUUUGUUCUUUCAACACAUUCUCUGCAAUGUCAUAUAAUGCUUUGAUGUUCACAGUUCCUGCUCCAUGGGUGAUUGCGAUUGCAGAACUGUGUUGGUCAAUUGUUCAUGGAUGUCCAGCUAUCAUCUAUCUCACAAUGAACAAAACCAUUCGAACAGAGUUUUUGAAAUUUCUCAAAUUGAAGAAAACAAAUAAGAGAAUCCAUGAUAUCUCUUCAACUUCUAACAUGCGGCAUACUGGAAUGCCUCCAACCACCAAUUAACCUCCCCUUUCCAACAGAUUCGUAUUAUAUUUUAUUAUAUUCCCAUAGAAGUGUAAAACUUCUAAGCCUACCCAAUCUCAUAAUCUUACUAUCAAUCGAUCUCUCUGUGCAAAUUGUAAAUAAAGAUCAAAAUGUUUCACGUCUGCAGUUUGGUCUCCCAGCUUGCAGGAUUU